GUUUUGACGUACCUAUGCAACGCUUGACACGCUCUUAUUCAUACUGCUGUCAUUGUCGUCCGUCAUUGCAUCUUACGCAAAUGUUUUCGCUAUCGUGAAAAAUGGAACAAUCAAAAGAUUAUUUUGUUGUUGUUCAAACAAAAGAAGCGGGAAAACAUGUCCUCAGCGCAGUUCCGUGUCGAUGGGUCCGAGAUGGGUAUCUGUUUUGGCCCGGUAAAAAUGUAAACAAGUUGCGGACAAAUCUAAAGUCGGAACCAUGCACCAGUUGGAGUAAAAUUGUGUGCAACGUCAAAAGGAAGUAUAUACCGUCCUACGAGGAAGCAGAAAUGGAAGCAGCCGAGCUGUCGGGACAAAAUACGGAGAGCUCCGACGCAGCACCGCGGAAGAAAAAGCAAAAAAAAACGAUGAAGGAUGGCAGCAGCCAAAGAUUCGAUUUCAAUCAUCUGGUUCCAGCAGAUGGAAAUCACAGUACCUCCAGUACGGUAUCAGGGACAGAAUCGAAUACCGUCAAUCAAUCGAUCGUCAAUGAUUCUCAGAAUCAUCCUGAACCAUCACACAACUUGCUCUGCUCUGCAAGUAUGAAUCCGGUAAAUAACGUCGCCACGCAGUUAGCUUCCGAACAACCCGUUUUCGUGACAACAGUACCUGUCUCCGAAGAAGGACAAUCAGUUUUGGACGGAAAUCAGGCGAUUACGACGGAGGGUGAAUACAUGUAUUACCAACAAGAACCUAUUGAUGUUGACUACAUCGUUAAGCCCGUUACGGAAAAAAUCGAAUAUGAGUGCUCCAAAAUGAAACAAGAAAUUUCGGCAGUUGGGACUAUGAUGGCAUCUUUUAAAAGUGAUAUGGACGUUAAGCUUGCUGCAGCUUUACGUGCCCAAACGAAACCGUUCGAUGACAAUGAGGAUGACAUAAAAUUUUCUCCGGUGUCAUGCAUCGAACAAAUCCAUGAGCUGGAGAAGAACCUAGCGGAUGAAAUCUACGCAAAGCGUUUCACCUCUUACAUGAAAAAGAUCGUUGGUUUUGUUGGUGACAACUGCAACGGACUGAACAUUUCGUAUACACUUGUGGAUCAUUUCUUCGAACGAGGCGUAAUGAUGAAAUGUUCAUGGAGUGGGGCAAGUCGCACCACUGCUAUCAAAUUGGCAAUCAAGAAUUGUACCAACAUCCUGGACACAUUCUUUGCUAUUGUCCGCAGUGUGAAUAUGACUUUCUCCAGGCAGCUUCUUGAACAUUUUUUCAAACAAAUCACAAGGAAUGCUAAAAAACGAAACGAAGCUAAGGGUUUGCGCCAACCAACAAUUCAUCGAAGAGCAAAAAGACAGAAAAAGGCGCAAGCUACAGUGACUGUUGCUUCAAUCAGAAGUUCUAAGAGUGAUGGAAGCCUCUCGACAGACGAUGAUUCACAAUCGAGUAAAUCAUCUAACAGUGAGGUUUCGGGCAGCGAGAUGGUAGUGAGCAAGGUGGAGGAUUGGGAUCCUAAUUACAGUUCGUCGUAAUGAUUUGUCACAUUUUGUGAAUUCUGUGUUAACCAUGAAGAUUUGGUUUCAGUUGGUUUUAAUUGCUUGGCAUGAAGGUGCGAUUUUAGUUCGUUUUUGAGGUUUUGUUCAAUAUUUUAUUCUUUUCGACCAUUGUUUUUUGU